ACAGGCACCACGACCGACAAGAGCUAGAACAUUGCGAGACGUGACUAAAGGUAGCCACUUGAACGCAGCUGCCAAGCAACAGGCAUCAUAUGUACAGUGGCAGAACAUCACUGAAAAGCUUGAACAUACACUGACCCUGAUGGCAGAGAACCAUGUCCCAUCUAUGAUCACAAGAAAACUCUUCCAUCAGGUUUUCUCGUACAUAAAUGUGCAGCUCUUUAACAGUUUGUUGCUUCGCCGAGAGUGUUGCUCGUUUAGCAACGGAGAAUAUCUGAAAAUGGGCUUGCAUGAAUUAGAGCAGUGGUGCAUGAAAACAGAAGACGAGGCAGCACGAUCACCAUGGGAUGAACUUCAACACAUUAGGCAAGCAGUGAAGUUUCUGGUCUUGCAUCAAAAGACACAGAAAUCAUUGGAGGAGAUUACAAAAGAGAUAUGUCCGGUACUAAGCAUUCCACAAGUAUAUAGAAUUGGGACUAUGUUUUUGGACGACAAGUAUGGAACUCAAGGACUCUCCCCUGAGGUGAUCAAGCUAAUGGCGGAAGAUUCAGUGAACAUGACUUACCCUUCUUUCUUGCUAGACGUUGACUCAAGCAUUCCUUUCUCAGUGGAAGAUGUUUCACAGUCCUUCAAUGGCGGGACCAUUAGCCUGUCCGUCGUUGAUCCACCGCCGCUUCUCCGGCAGCGAUCUGAUUUCCACUUCUUGUUUCAGACAUUGCCUGAGUAAGGAGGCAGACAAUUCAAAUUUUAAAUUUUUUUAUUAAGCCACGAUUUUUGCAUAUAUUACAGAAAGUGAGGCUUUUGUCAUUUUCUUUUCAUUUGUUUUCUUUUUUUCUUUGGUAAAAUUUCCAUUUGUUUUCUUAUAAGAAGCAAGAAAGCUUCUCUUCUUUUAUGAUUUUUUUCUUUAUUCUUUGGUUUUUUUUUUGCUUUAUCCUUUACAAUUUACACGUGUGUAUAAGCAAGUUGAGAUUCAAAUGAUACAUGCAUGGUGGGCUCUUUCUUUUUGGUCAAAUGAUAUAUGGAUGUACCGAACACUAUUGUUUGUAUGUUAAUGAGAUUGGAUUUUGUGACA